UCCCUUUGUUCCAACAUCAGUCUAUUUCUGUCCCACAUCCAAGCAAUUGCUCGGACGCCUCAAGCCCCUGUCAUUCGACGAUACCGCGGACUUUCCACACCGCCAACCUCACUCCACCAGUUCCACCAUGGAAGAGGUGGCACCAGCACCUCCGGCGCCAUUUGAUUCUGCAACAUUCAACCCUUGGUUCCAGAAUGUCACGAUGUACGCUCCAGACGGUUCCAUCAUGAACGUCAACAUGGAACAUGUCAACCUUUACAGGCUCUACAUUGCUCGGGUAGCCAUCAGCUUCGGCUCUCAGAUUGGGGCAUCGGUCGUGCUCCUGCUCCUACUUCUUCUGUUGACACGAUCGGAGAAGAGAAAGUCUUCCAUCUUCAUCCUCAACGCCCUUUGCCUCUUCGCAAAUAGUCUGCGCUGCAUCUUCUUAGCCUGCUACGUCACUAGCGGCCUGAUGCAUCCGUACACUCAGCUGUCAGGGUAUCCACGCGCCACCUCUACCGAUCUCGCCUUAUCCAUCAUCCCCACCACUCUGAGCCUCGUUGUCAUUACGCUUGUCAUGGCAUCACUCAGCCUUCAAACUUGGGUGGCCUGCGUCACAACCAGCAACCUACAGCGCAUUCUCAUCAUAGGCGUCACGACUGCGAUGGCACUAGUUUCCGUUGGCUUCAAGUUCGCCUUCGUGGUCGCCUCCAACAUUGCAAUUAUACAACUUACAAACCGUGGUACUGAUAGGCUUGGCGCUGGCGCGUACAUCACACAAGCCGUAGCCAUCUUGCUAUACAGCUGCGUCUUCACUUGGAAGCUAGGCUACGCCGUCAUUCAGCGACGCCGUCUCAAGAUGCUGCAGUCUGGAUCAAUGCAGAUUGUCUUCAUCAUGGGCUGCCAGACCAUGAUCAUCCCAGCUAUCUUCUCGACCAUCCAAUUCUACCAACCUCUCCUUGACAAGGUCCCUGAGGUUGGCACCAUGGUGCUAACCGUCCUCUGCAUCUUCCUGCCUCUGUCAGCCAUCUGGGCAGGCGUCGCCAACGACGCCGCUAUCGCUCAUCGAGGCCACGAUGCUCAUCACCACCUCAUUAACAGCCACUUUGGUCGAGGCGCUUCGGCGAUUGCAACAACCGACAGCGCUAUCGCUUUCGACAAGAGCCAUCAUAUGAGCUGCUCCACUUGCUCCUACGCGAAGAAGGCAUUUGCUUCUUCACAGCUCUCGGAGAGCUACAUGUUGUAA